AUGGUAAAGUAUCUCCUGGUCUUGACCCUGGUGGCCGCAGUCACCGCCAGAACGGCCACCACCACACAGAACAAACUCGAAGCCAGGAGUUCAGAUGACAACGUGUUAGGAGACCUUAAAUUAGCGUACGAAACAUACAAAGAUUGCAGCGGGUCUGACAUUUCGCACUGCCUCAAACGAAAAUUGGCGAAGACUUUGAGCAGGUUGACGAAAACCGAGGAGCUGAACAUCCUAAAUGGUGUGACGAUAACCAAGGAUAAGGAUGUGAAGAUUGUGGAGACAGAGGAGGCGAUCCCCAGAGGGAUGGAUGAGGGGUCGCUGAACAACCUCAUUUUGGACAAGGUCGUUAACUUUAUGAGGUCCCAUACAUUGCAGGUCAAAUUUCCCACCGAAGAUGGAUCAGACGCAUUAUCAGAGGACCAGGGUCGCAGCAGACGGAAGAAGCUCGCUCCUCUCCUAGCAAUCCCCUUGUUGAUCGGAGGCAUGAUGGUACCUCUAGCCUUCGGAGCCCUGGCACUAUUGGCUGGCAAGGCACUUAUAGUGUCCAAGUUGGCUCUGGUGUUGGCUGGUAUCAUUGGAUUGAAGAAACUCCUGUCUCCUAGCAGCAGUGGGCACGAAGCUCAUGAGGUUGUGGUGUCGGCGGGUCAUGGAGGUUCUGGGUGGAGCAGGUCGCUUGAGAAGGCACAAGACUUAGCGUACAACGCCUACGCCCAAUAGCUAGAAAACCCACCGAUUAAUUAACGUUAAUUAAUACGCGAAACUAAGGACCAA